AAUUGACCAAUUUUAUGUUAUCUCAGUUUAUAGUUUUUACUCAUCAUCAGCCUCAAUGGAAAAUGAAUAAUAGUUUUCUCUGAACCAGAACACCUACCCAAGAAAAUGAAGUCUCUUCAUUUGUUUUUGCUCCUUUUGGUCGUAGCUUUUACCGUUUCGAGAUCCGUGGAAGCUCAGGAUCAAGCAGGAUUCAUUAGCUUGGAUUGUGGGUUGGUACCUAAGGAAGCUACUUAUGCGGAGAUUUCGACAAAAAUACAAUACAAAUCAGACGCGGAUUACAUCGACAGUGGAUUGGUCAAGACGAUCAAUGAAGCAUACAAGACUCAGCUUGAGCAACAGGUUUGGGCUUUGAGAAGCUUUCCUGUGGGUGAAAGAAACUGUUACAACGUCAACCUUACGGCAAACACCAGAUAUUUGAUCAGAGGAACCUUUGUGUAUGGGAAUUAUGAUGGCCAGAGUCAGUUCCCAAGUUUUGAUCUUCAUAUUGGUCCUAACAAAUGGACUUCUGUUAAAAUUUUAGGAGUGACAAAUAUUUCUAUGCACGAGAUAAUCCAUGUCGUACCACAAAAUAUUCUGCAAGUUUGUCUUGUAAAGACAGGACCAACGAUACCAUUCAUAUCGUCACUAGAAUUUCGUCCACUAAACAAGGAAACUUAUAACACGCAAAGUGGAGCACUGAUGUUGUACGCCAGAGUAUACUUUCCAUCGAAAUCACCAUCUUACAUCAGGUAUGAUGAUGACAUACAUGACCGAUACUGGAAUUCAUACACAGAUAAUGAAAUCUUGUCAGUAAGCACAGACCUCCCAGUCGACAUAAGUAACAUCUAUGAGGUGCCUGAAUCCGUGAUGAAGACUGCUGCUUUCCGUAAAACUGCUAGUGAGUCAUUGUUCAUAUGGUGGCAGCUUGAGGACAUCUCUGCGAUGUUAUAUUUAUAUAUGCAUUUCGCAGAAAUUCAGAAUCUUAAAGCCAAUGAAAGUAGAGAAUUCAACAUUACUUACAAUGGUGGCAAGCUUUGGUAUCCCCAGUUUAGGCCUCCCAAACUCAGCAUUACAACCAUCUUCAAUCCAAAGGCAGUGAGUUCUUCCGAUGGGAAAUUUAAUUUCACUUUCACAAUGACUGGUAACUCAACUCUGCCUCCCUUUAUCAACGCCGUCGAGAUUUACACAGCUCUAGAAUUUAAACAGCUCGAGACAAACAGGGAUGAAGUUACUGCUAUGAUGAACAUCAAGGAAACAUAUGGUUUGAGCAAAAAGAUAAGCUGGCAAGGAGAUCCGUGUGCUCCUCAGUUUUAUCGGUGGGAAGGUUUAAAUUGCAGCUAUCUGGACUCCGAGUCAUCACGGAUCAUAUCCUUAAACUUAAGCGGGAACCCGAGUCUUAAUCUCAGAGUUCCUGACUCUCUUCAGAAAAGGGUAAACAGCAAAUCUUUAACACUAAUUUUGGGUGAAAACCUGAAUCCCAUUCCCAAAAAAGAGAGUAAAAAGGUUCCAGUGGUUGCUAUCGCAGCGUCAGUGGCUGGCGUGUUCGCUCUGCUGGUUAUAUUGGCCAUCUUUUUCCUUGUUAGAGGAAAAAAAGUGAAAAGUACUGAUGCUCCAGGACCACCCCCAUCAGCAACUAGUGGUAUAGUUAAAAGUGAGACAAGAUCAUCCAAUCCAUCAAUCAUGACAAAAGAUCGCAGGAUCACAUAUCCCGAGGUACUGAAGAUGACUAAUAACUUUGAGAGAGUUCUUGGCAAAGGAGGCUUUGGAACAGUGUAUCAUGGAAACUUGGAGGAUGCUCAAGUAGCUGUGAAAAUGCUCUCUCAUUCAUCGGCUCAAGGUUAUAAAGAGUUCAAAGCAGAGGUUGAACUUCUUUUAAGAGUUCAUCAUAGACAUUUGGUGGGACUUGUGGGUUACUGCGAUGAUGGAGAUAACUUGGCUUUGAUUUAUGAAUACAUGGCUAAUGGAGACUUGAGAGAGAAUAUGUCAGGAAAAAGCGGAGGCAAUGUCCUUACUUGGGAAAACAGGAUGCAAAUAGCUGUAGAGGCGGCACAAGCUGGCCCAAUCCAAGACAAAGAUAAUUGCAAUAGAGUGGCAGCUUGCCAAACAAAUGCUGAAGCUGAAGCUGUAACUGAAGCGAUGUGCACUAUUGAAUCAGUUACUGAUAUUGCAGGUACUAAGGAUAAUGCUAUUCUUAGUGACCGUGAGAUACGACACGUCCUUGCUGAAAACAAGUUUAGCCGUUUGGGCUCUUCUUUUUCUGAUGGGGAUUCUCUUAGCUCAGAUGGAGACUCAAUGGUUUCAGUUGAUUCAGAAAGUGGUUCUGGAUUGAUGGAACUAAUGACUCCUUAUAGCCAACGACUUUUGCGCGAAAGACCGGUUAAGCCGUCCAUCAAAGCUAAGGAGGUUCAAGCAUCCUCUAAUACUCGGGGAAGAGCUUUUACAGUUUCAAGACCCGUGGAAGCUCAAAAUCAAGCAGGAUUCAUUAGCUUGGAUUGUGGGUUGGUGCCUAAAGAAACCACUUACUUGGAGGCGACGACGAAUAUAACAUACAAAUCAGACGCAAAUUACACCGACAGUGGAUUGGUCGGUAAGAUCAAUGAUGCACACAAGAAACUGGUUCAUCAGCAACUUUGGGCAUUGAGAAGCUUCCCUGAGGGUGAAAGAAACUGCUACAACUUCAACCUCGUUGCGAACCGCAAAUAUCUAAUCAGAGGAACUUUUGUGUAUGGGAAUUAUGACGGCUUGAAUCAACCCCCAAGCUUUGAUCUUCACAUUGGUACUAGUAAAUGGACCUCUAUUAAAAUAGUAGGAGAAACAGAUACCAUAAUGCGCGAGAUAAUCCAUGUCUUAACACAAGGCCGUCUUCAAGUCUGUCUUGUCAAGACAGGAAGGACGACACCGCUCAUUUCGUCGCUGGAACUUCGUCCUUUGAAAAAUAGCACUUACGUCACGGAAAGUGGAUCAUUAGUCUUGUACAACAGAGUAUACUUUACAUCUGAUUCUACAUCGAUCAUCAGGUACGCUAAGGACAUAAACGACCGAAUCUGGAAUCCACUCACAGAAGAUGAUAGUACCGCAUCGAUAAGCACAGACCUAGAUGUCAACACAAAUAACAUCUAUGAGAUGCCUCAAGUGGUGAUGCAGACUGCUGCUAUCCCUAAAAAUGCUAGUGCGCCAUGGAACUUAUUGUGGACUAUAGAUAACACCACUGCGCUUUCAUAUGUAUUUAUGCAUUUCGCAGAAAUUCAGGAUCUCAAAGCCAAUGAAACUAGAGAAUUCAGCAUUACUUACAAUGGUGGCACGCCUUGGUACGGCUGGUUUAGGCCUGCCAAGCUCAGCAUUACAACGAUUUACAGUCAAACCGCCUUGACUUCUUCAAAUGGCGAGUAUAAUUUCACUUUAGCAAUGACUGGUAACUCAACUCUUCCUCCCCUUAUGCAAGCCCUCGAGAUAUAUACAGUUGUAGACAUUCUACAGCUUCAGACAGAUAAAGAUGAAGUUUCUGCUAUAAUGGACAUCAAAAUGACUUAUGGUUUGAGCAAAAAGAUAAGCUGGCAGGGAGAUCCAUGUGCUCCUCAGCUAUAUCGGUGGGAAGGUCUAAAUUGUAGUUAUCCGGACACCGAGGCAUCACGGAUCAUAUCCUUGAACUUGAAUGCUAGCGGGUUGAACGGUACCAUAACAACUGACAUUACCAAGCUAACACAGUUGAGCGAGCUAGAUUUAUCAAACAACGAUUUAUCAGGAGAGAUUCCAGCGUUUUUUGCUGAUAUGAAAUUGUUGAAACUUAUAAUCUUAAGCGGAAACCCGAAGCUCAAUCUCACAGUUCCAGACUCUCUUCAGCAAAGGGUAAACAGCAAAUCUUUAACACUAAUUUUGGGUCAAAACCUGAAUCCCACUCCCAAAAAAGAGAGUAAAACGGUUCUUGUGGUUGUGAUCGCAGCGUCAAUGGCUGGGGUGCUUGCUCUGCUAGUUAUAUUGGCCAUCUUUUUCGUUGUUAGAGGAAAAAAAGGGAAAAGUACUGAUGCUCCAGGACCACCCCCAUCAAUCACUAGUGGUAUAGUUAAAAGUGAGACAAGAUCAUCCAACCCAUCAAUCAUGACAAAAGAUCGCAGGAUCACAUAUCCCGAGGUAUUAAAGAUGACUAAUAACUUCGAGAGAGUUCUUGGCAAAGGAGGAUUUGGAACAGUGUAUCAUGGAAACUUGGAUGAUGCUCAAGUAGCUGUGAAAAUGCUUUCGGAUUCAUCGGCUCAAGGUUAUAAAGAAUUCAAAGCAGAGGUUGAACUUCUUUUAAGAGUUCACCACAGACAUUUGGUGGGACUUACUGGUUAUUGUGAUGAUGGAGAUAACUUAGCCCUGAUCUAUGAAUAUAUGGCAAAUGGAGACCUGAGGGAGAAUAUGUCAGGUAAACGCGGAGGAAAUGUCCUUACCUGGGAAAACAGGAUGCAAAUAGCUGUAGAGGCAGCACAAGCCUCCUCUGAAUCUGACCACCUACGCAAGAAAAUGAAGUCUCUUCAUUGGAUUUUGCUUCUUUUGAUCAUAGCUUUUACCGUUUUGAGAUCAGUCAAAGCUCAAAAUCAAGCAGGGUUCAUCAGCUUGGAUUGUGGGUUGGUGCCUAAGAACACAACUUAUACAGAGAAAACGACGAAUAUAACAUACAAAUCAGACGCGGAUUACAUCGAUAGUGGAUUGGUCGGGAAAAUCAAUGAUGCAUACAAGACUCAAUUUCAGCAACAGGUUUGGGCCUUGAGAAGCUUCCCUGUGGGUCAAAGAAACUGUUACAACGUCAACCUCACGGCAAAGAGCAAAUAUUUGAUCAGAGGAACCUUUGUGUAUGGGAAUUACGACGGUCUGAAUCAACUUCCGAGUUUUGAUCUUCACAUUGGUCCUAACAAAUGGUCUUCUGUUAAAAUACUAGGAGUAACAAAUACUUCUAUGCACGAGAUUAUCCAUGUUGUACCACAAGAUAGUCUUCAAGUUUGUCUUGUUAAGACCGGAUCGACGACACCAUUCAUUUCGUCGCUCGAAUUUCGUCCAUUGAACAAUGAAAGUUAUCUCACGCAAAGCGGAUCAUUGAUGUUGUUCGCCAGAAUAUACUUUCCAUCUGGUCCAUCAUCAUUCAUCAGGUAUGAUGAGGACAUACACGACCGAGGCUGGAAUUCAUAUUCAGAUGAUGAAACAGUCUCGAUAAGCACAGACCUCCCGAUCGAUACAAGUAACUUCUACGACAUGCCUCAAUCCGUGAUGAAGACAGCUGCUGUCCCUAAAAAUGCUAGUGAACCAUGGCUCUUGUGGUGGACUCUUGAUGAAAUCACUGCACAGUCAUAUGUAUAUAUGCAUUUCGCCGAAAUCCAAAAUCUAACAACCAGUGAAAUCAGAGAAUUCAACAUUACUUACAAUGGUGGUUUACGUUGGUACAGCUAUUUUAGGCCUCCUAAACUCAGCAUUUCAACGGUCUUUAAUCCAAGGGCAGUGAGUUCUUCCAAUGGGAUAUUUAAUUUCACAUUCGCAAUGACGGGUAACUCAACUCUGCCUCCCCUUCUCAACGCCCUCGAGAUUUAUACAGUCGUAGACCUUCUACAACUAGAGACAAACAAAGAUGACAUUUCUGCUAUGGUGAACAUCAAAGAAACAUAUGGUUUGAGCAAAAAGAUAAGCUGGCAAGGAGAUCCAUGUGCUCCUCAGUUUUAUCGGUGGGAAGGUUUAAAUUGCAGUUAUCCGGACUCCGAGGCAUCACGGAUCAUAUCCUUGAACUUGAAUGGGAGCGAGUUGACCGGUUCCAUAACAUCUGACAUAUCCAAGCUAACACAGUUGACAGUACUAGAUUUAUCAAAUAAUGAUUUAUCAGGAGAGAUUCCAGCAUUUUUUGCUGAUAUGAAGUCGUUGAAACUCAUAAACUUAAGUGGAAACCCGAAGCUUAAUCUCACAGCAAUUCCAGAAUCUCUUCAGCAAAGGGUAAACGGCAAAUCUUUAACACUAAUCUUGGGUGAAAACCUGAAUCUUUCUCCCAAAAAAGAGAGUAAAAAGGUUCCGAUGGUUGCUAUUGCAGCGUCAGUGGCUGGCGUGUUCGCUCUGCUGGUUAUCUUCGCUAUAUUGUUUAUCAUUAAAAGGAAAAAUGCAAAAGCUAAUAAGUCUCCAGGACCACCCCCAUUAGUAACUCCAGGUAUAGUUAACAGUGAGACAAGAUCAUCCAAUCCAUCAAUCAUGAUAAGGGAACGUAGGAUCACAUAUCCCGAGGUACUGAAGAUGACUAAUAACUUCGAGAGAGUUCUUGGGAAAGGAGGCUUUGGAACGGUUUAUCAUGGAAACUUGGAUGGUGCUCAAGUGGCUGUGAAAAUGCUCUCUCAUUCAUCAGCUCAAGGUUAUAAAGAGUUCAAAGCAGAGGUUGAACUUCUUUUAAGAGUUCACCAUAGACAUUUGGUGGGACUUGUGGGUUACUGUGAUGAUGGAGAUAACUUAGCUCUGAUUUAUGAAUAUAUGGCAAAUGGAGACCUGAGGGAGAAUAUGUCAGGAAAACGUGGAGGCAAUGUCCUUACCUGGGGAAACAGGAUGCAAAUUGCUGUAGAGGCUGCACAAGGACUAGAGUAUCUGCACAAUGGAUUGGUUGCGGGUACACCUGGUUACCUAGACCCGGAGUACUACAGAACAAACUGGCUAAGCGAGAAGAGUGACGUGUACAGCUUCGUAAGGAAAACAAUGGAGAGAUAUUGUGUGUUAGUUGCCAUUUUUUUGCUGAUACUUCAUAUUGUUCAAGCUCAAGAUCAAACCGGAUUCAUUAGUGUGGAUUGUGGUUUGCCACCUCGUGAGUCUCCUUACAAUGAAGCCAAAACUGGUUUAACAUACACAUCAGAUGCCGAUUUAGUCAACAGUGGAAAAACCGGUAGAAUCGCCAAGGAAUUCGAAUCUCUCGCCGAUAAGCCGACUUUGACAAUGAGAUAUUUUCCAGAUGGAGUACGAAACUGCUACAAUCUAAAUGUCACCCGCGACACCAACUAUCUGAUAAAGGCCACAUUCGUAUAUGGAAACUACGAUGGUCUUAAUGUUGGGCCAAACUUCGACCUUUACUUCGGUCCGAAUUUGUGGACAACGGUGAGUAGUAAUGACACUAUAAAGGAGAUCAUCCAUGUGACAAAAUCCAAUUCUUUACAGGUAUGUCUUGUUAAGACUGGAAUAAGUAUACCUUUCAUAAAUGUUUUGGAGCUACGACCAAUGAAGAAAAAUAUGUACGUUACUCAAGGCGGCUCACUGAAUUACUUAUUCAGGGUGUAUAUUAGCAAUUCAAGUACUCGUAUAAGGUUCCCGGAUGAUGUCUAUGAUCGUAAAUGGUACCCGUACUUCGACAACUCAUGGACACAAGUAACUACGACUCUCAAUGUAAACACAAGUCUUACGUAUGAACUACCACAAGGUGUAAUGGCAACAGCUGCAACACCCCUAAAGGCUAACGCGACCUUAAACAUUACAUGGACAGUAGAGCCUCCUACUACACAGUUUUACUCCUACAUGCACUUUGCAGAGCUUCAGACUUUAAAGGCCAACGAUACAAGGGAAUUCAAUGUGACGCUGAAUGGAAUUUAUACAUAUGGACCUUAUAGUCCUAAACCACUAAAAACCGAAACCAUAUACGACAGAGGCCCAGAGCAAUGCGAUGGAGGGGCAUGCCUUUUGCAGGUUGUGAAAACACUGAAAUCUACCCUUCCACCUUUACUUAAUGCUAUCGAGGCUUUCACGGUGAUUGAUUUCCCGCAAAUGGAGACUAAUGGGGAUGACGUUGAUGCUAUCAAGAAUGUUCAAGAUACUUAUGGCUUGAGUAGAAUUAGUUGGCAAGGAGAUCCAUGUGUCCCCAAACAGUUUUUGUGGGAUGGUCUAAACUGCAACAACUCGGAUAAUUCUACGCCACCAAUAAUCACUUCCUUAGACUUAUCUUCAAGUGGACUAACUGGGAUCAUCACUCAAGCCAUUCAGAAUUUAACUAACCUGCAAGAACUGGACUUGUCAGAUAACAAUUUGACUGGAGAAAUACCUAAAUUUUUAGGGGACAUAAAAUCACUUUUGGUCAUAAACUUAAGUGGUAAUAAUCUGAGUGGCUCAGUUCCUCCAUCACUUCUACAGAAGAAAGGAAUGAAGUUAAAUGUCGAAGGAAACCCUCAUCUUCUUUGCACAGCUGAUUCAUGUGUGAAAAAAGGAGAGGAUGGACACAAGAAAAAGAGUGUCAUAGUGCCGGUUGUUGCAUCCAUUGCUUCAAUAGCUGUUCUUAUUGGUGCAUUGGUUCUGUUUCUUAUUCUCAGAAAGAAAAAGUCGCCAAAAGUUGAAGGGCCAUCACCAUCUUAUAUGCAAGCAUCAGAUGGUAGAUCGCCUAGAUCGUCUGAACCGGCAAUAGUGACAAAAAAGAGAAGGUUUACUUACUCAGAAGUUGCAAUAAUGACAAAUAACUUCCAAAGAAUCCUUGGAAAAGGAGGGUUUGGAAUGGUUUAUCAUGGUUUUGUAAACGGUACAGAACAAGUAGCUGUUAAGAUACUUUCCCAUUCAUCGUCUCAAGGAUAUAAACAAUUUAAAGCGGAGGUAAGCUCUCACCUUCAACAUUAGCUUGAACCGAAAACAUUGAUUCAACUUUUUUCUAAAGCUUGCAUGAACAUGUGAGUUCUGGUUUGGUGUUUAGGUAGAACUACUUCUUAGA